AUUUCUUCACUGUUUCUAAUCUUGUUGCUUGCAUUUCAUGCAGGCUUGCUGUUGUCGAAUUUGAUCCUUCGAUACCACCCCCACUCCUAAGAAACAAAGAGAACAAAAAUGGCGGAAGCUGUCAUCGUCGGUAUUGCUGGAAAGAUCGUUGCUUAUCUAGGUCCUCAAGCACUAGAAAAUGUUGGAAAGUUAUGGGGCGUUAAGCAAGAACUUGAGGUGCUCAAGGACAGUGUCUCCACUCUUCAGGCAGUACUGGCCCAUGCAGAAGAGCAAUACCACCAGAGUCCCCAAAUUAAAUUUUGGGUUGAUAAACUGAAAGAAGCUUUCUACGAUGCACAAGACGUGCUUGAAGAAUUUAAUAUAGAAGACAUGCGACUAGAACUGAGGGGCCACAAUGAAAUGAUGAAGGAGGUAAGGACAUUUUUCUCAAGUUCAAACCAGCUUGCUUUUAAAAUGAAGAUGAGUUACAAACUAAGAGCAGUUAGGGUGAGAAUCGACGCCAUUAAGGCUGAUAAGGGAUUCCACUUGGAUGAGCGCCCCGAGAGAGAGUGGAGGAAGAGAGAAGAGACGCAUUCGUUUAUACGUGAGGGAAAUAUUAUAGGGAGAGAUGAAGAUAAGAAGGUGGUCAUGGAAUUUGUACUGGAUUCAGACGUGCAAGAGAACGUUUCCAUCCUUCCAAUAGUUGGUAUUGGGGGGCUUGGAAAAACAGCUCUUGCUCAAUGUGUGUAUAAUGAUAACAUUAUCAGUAAACAUUUUAACUUGAAAAUGUGGGUUUGUGUCUCUGAUGACUUUGACAUCAAAAAAAUAGUGAAAAAUAUGAUAGCUUGUGCAAAGACGAAAGAACCAACCGAGGUUGCGAUGGAACGGUUGCAAAGUGAACUGAGGGGAGAGAUUGAUGGAAAGAGAUACCUCUUAAUUUUAGAUGAUGUGUGGAAUGUAGAACGAGAAACAUGGCUGAGCUUGAAAACUUUAUUGUUGGGAGGUGCUGGAGGAAGCAAGAUCCUCAUAACUACACGCCUUACUUCGGUUGCGAAGAUCACCGGCACUGCUUCGCCUCAUCUUCUCAAGGGGUUAGAUGAAAGUGCGUCUCUUGAAUUACUCAUGCAAAUGGCUUGUUGUAAAGAAGAGGAGAUACAAGAUCCUGACAUGCUAGCUAUUGGUAAAGAUAUAGUUAAAGAGUGCUCCGGCGUUCCAUUGGCAAUUCGAACUAUUGGGAGUUUACUCUUUAAGAAGAGUAAGCACGAAUGGUUGCAAUUCAAAGAAAAAGAGCUCCUAGAUGUGUCCCAAAGGGAACACGGCAUAAUAUCAAUACUUAAGCUUAGUUAUGACCAUCUUCCUUCACAUUUGAAACAAUGUUUCGCGUUUUGUUCAUUGUUUCCCAAAGAUUAUGAAAUAAAGAAGCAGACUUUGGUCGAUCUUUGGAUGGCCGAAGGAUUUAUCCAGCCAUCAAAUAGAAGUCCGCAUUUAGAAGACAUUGCUCAUGGCUAUUUCAUGGAUCUACUUUGGAGCAACUUCUUCCAAGAUUUUCAAAAAGACGAGGAGACUUGCAAGAUGCAUGAUCGAUGCAUGAUCUAG